UGUGCCCUGAUGGGGAAUUGAACCUCGAUAUUUUGGUUCUCAGGCCCAUACUCAAUCCACUGAGCUACUCCAACCAGGGCUAAGGAUACAUUUUUAUAAGUGUGUUUUUGAGUAAAAAUUUGUCCCAAACAUAAGACCCUGAAAUAGUAGUACUUGGGAAGAUAUACAAUCACUAAAAAAUACUUGUUACCUUUAAGGUAAGAAAGAUGAACUAUGUAUAGGAAUAAGUGUAGGGCAGGCAGCAACAAAGGCCAGUAGGCAAUUCAGAUAACUUAUCAUAGAAACUCACAGGAAGGUAAUUAUAGGCAGUACUGUUAGGUCAUGACCAAUUUCUUAGAAGCAAGUGGAAUUUAUCCUGCGAGUUUUAUACCUUAUAGUUUUUUAUCCUAUGAAUGUUAGUUGCAAAUUGAGACCGGUAGGAUCUGGUAAUUCAGUAGUUACCCAGAGAGUCUAAAAAGACAAAUUUCAGAUACAAAAUAAAUCCAUCUGUCAGAAGACAUGAAAAGAAGCAGGAUCAAGACCUCUCAGUAUACCCAUGAGAUUUUGGGAAUUUCAACCAUUUUUUCUAGGUAGGACAAACAUAGAAAUCAUAUAGAUAUAAUGCAUGGCCAUCGUUACAAUUCCGCAGGAUACCAAAACAAAAAAAUCAUUGUGAUCAUAAUAUAUUAUUAUAUAUAGCUGUAUAACUUCCCAAACAUUUGUAAAUCUACUGAUGUCUGAUUAUCAGUCUUUCUAUAUUGAUACAUACAUACUUUUUAAAAAAAAUUUUAUUUCUUUAGUUUUAGAGAGAGGGGAAGGGAGGGAGAAAGAGAGGGAGAGAAACAUCAAUGUGUGGUUGCCUCUCACACGCCCCCUACUGGGAACCUGGCCCGCUACCCACACAUGUGCCCUGACUGGGAAUCAAACCAGCAGCCCUUUGGUUGGCAGGCCUGUGCUCAAUCCACUGAGCUACACCACCCAGGGCUAUAUAUAUUUUUUAAAUGUAGUCAUACUAUUUACAGCAUGUAACCUGUUUUUUCUAUUGACAAUAUAUUUUGAUUAUUUUCCCAACUUACCAUAGCACAGUUUCAUAGUGUUCCAUCGCAUGGAUGUUCUGAAUCCAUUAAGUGAGAUUUUGGGGCCCAGGCAAUUCCCUGAGCAAUUGUUUGUAUAUCCUGUGUGCUCCUAUGUCCUGACCAUUUCUCUUCGGUCUUGAACCCAUGGAGGAUGCUCUAGUCUUGGGCCAUAUGGCCCAGUCUCACUUCUGACAGGUGGGAAUGGAGGGAAGAGGAUCUGGUCUGGGGAAGACCAAGUAGUCCAGUCUCAGGCUCAUACCAGCAUCCCCAGAACUGGGCAGUGCAAGAAGCCUUCCUGCUGAAGGACCUGGGGCUUCUAGCUCUGGCUUUUCUGGACUCUGUGCUUUGCCAAUAAAGGAGCCCUAUGGAACUCUAAGUUAUCCUUGCAAUCAUAGGACCAUGACUGAUGGGUUGGUGACUUUCAGGGAUGUGGCCGUCGACUUCUCUCAGGAAGAGUGGGAGUGCCUGGACCCCACUCAGAGGGACUUGUAUGUGGACGUGAUGUUGGAGAACUACAGUAACUUGGUCUCACUGGAUUUGGAGUCAAUACAUGAGACCAAAAAUACCUUUUCAGGAAAGGACAUUUCUGAAAUAAAUUUUUCUGAAUGGGAGAUCAAGGGAAAAAGUAAAACCCUCGACAUUGUGGCAUCCAUUUUCAAAAAUAAUUGGAAGUACAAAAGCAAAUAUGAGGGACUACAGGAACAUGAAGAAAAAUACUUCAGUCAAAUAAUAAUCAGUUGUAAAAAAAUUCCCACUUACAAAAAAAGUAAAUCUCUUAUUGCAUAUCAAAUAAUUCAUAAUCCAGAGAAAUCCUAUGUUUGUAAGGAAUGUGGGAAGACUUGUAGCCAUGGUUCAAAACUUGUUCAACAUAAGAGAACUCAUACAGCUGAAAAACACUUUGAAUGUAAAGAAUGUGGGAAAGACUUUUUUAGUGCCUAUCAACUCACUGUGCACCAGAGAUUUCACACUGGUGAGAAACCCUACAAAUGUAAGGAAUGUGGGAAGACCUUUAGUUGGGGAUCAAGUCUUGUUAAACAUGAGAGAAUCCAUACUGGUGAGAAACCCUAUGAAUGUAAAGAAUGUGGAAAGGCAUUCAGUCGUGGCUAUCACCUUACUCAACAUCAGAAAAUUCAUAUUGGUGUGAAAUCUUAUGAAUGUAAGGAAUGUGGGAAAGCCUUUUUCUGGGGCUCAAGCCUUGCUAAACAUGAGGUAAUUCAUUCAGGUGAGAAACCUUAUAAAUGUAAAGAAUGCGGGAAGGCAUUCAGUCGUGGCUAUCAACUUACUCAGCAUCAGAAAAUCCAUACUGGUAAGAAACCUUAUGAAUGUAAAGUAUGUGGAAAGGCUUUUUGUUGGGGUUAUCAACUUACUCGACAUCACAUAUUUCAUACAGGCAAGAAACCCUAUGAAUGUAAGGAAUGUGGGAAGACCUUUAAUUGUGGUUCAAGUCUUGUUCAACAUGAAAGAACUCAUACUGGUGAGAAACCAUAUCAAUGUAAAGAAUGUGGAAAGGCAUUCAGUCGUGGCUAUCACCUUACUCAACAUCAGAAAAUUCAUAGUGGUGAGAAACCUUUUGAAUGCAAGGAAUGUGGGAAAGCCUUCAGUUGGGGUUCAAGCCUUGUUAAACAUGAGAGAGUUCAUACGGGCGAGAAAUCCUAUGAAUGUAAAGAAUGUGGAAAGGCCUUUGGUAGUGGGUAUCAACUUACUCGACAUCAAAUGUUCCAUACUGGAGAGAAGCCCUAUGAAUGUAAGGAAUGUGGGAAGGCCUUUAAUUGUAGUUCAAGUCUUGUCCAACAUGAGAGAAUUCAUACUGGUGAGAAACCCUAUGAAUGUAAAGAAUGUGGAAAGGCCUUUAGUCGUGGCUACCACCUUACUCAACAUCAGAAAAUUCAUAGUGGUGAGAAACCUUUUGAAUGCAAGGAAUGUGGGAAAGCCUUCAGUUGGAGUUCAAGCCUUGUUAAACAUGGGAGAGCCCAUACUGGUGAGAAUUCCUACAAAUGUAAAUGUUGUGGGAAGGCCUUUGGUAGUGUCUAUCAACUUAAUAUUCAUCAGAGAUUUCAUACUGGUGAGAAACCUCAUCAAUGUAAGGAAUUUGGGAAGACUUAUUCAUGGCUCAAGCCUUGUUCAACAUAAUAGAACUCAUAGUAAUGAUAAACCAACCAUACAAAUAUAAAGAAUGGGAAUUCCUUUAUAUGGGCAGCUUACUCAAAUGAAACAAUUGAUACUGGUGAAACUUAAAGGUUGAAGAGA